AAGUCCCGCCCCGACCUCAAGCCCCGCCCAGGCUGUGGCCAUUCCCCGCCUCUUGUAUCUUGAACCGCUUCUCCCUGAGCUCAGGCGGCGUUUUCCGAUCCUGCUGCGGUCUAGGUGGCGUUUCUGUCCGGCCACGAGAGACUGUAUAGCCCCGCCGCCCGCGGGCAAUGGUGCGGCGGAGCGCGCAGACGCGGGCGGCCCUGCGGUGGGUAUGAAAGGAGGAUGGAAGGGCAGGACGAGGUGUCGGCGCGGGAGCAGCACUUCCACAGCCAAGUGCGAGAGUCCACGAUAUGUUUUCUUCUCUUUGCCAUUCUCUACAUCGUUUCCUACUUCAUCAUUAUAAGAUACAAGAGAAAAUCCGAUGAACAAGAAGAUGAGGAUGCUGUAGUCAACAGGAUAUCGUUGUUUCUGAGCACCUUCACUCUAGCCGUGUCAGCUGGCGCGGUUUUGCUUUUACCCUUCUCAAUCAUCAGCAAUGAGAUCCUGCUUGCUUUUCCUCACAACUACUAUAUUCAGUGGCUGAAUGGCUCCCUCAUCCACGGUUUGUGGAAUCUUGCUUCUUUAUUUUCCAAUCUUUGUUUAUUUGUGUUGAUGCCCUUUGCCUUUUUCUUUCUGGAAUCAGAAGGUUUUGCAGGCCUGAAAAAGGGAAUCCGAGCCCGCAUUUUGGAAACUCUGGUUAUGCUGCUGCUUCUUGCGUUGCUGAUUCUUGGGAUGGUGUGGGUGGCUUCCGCCCUGAUUGACAGUGAUGCUGCCAGUAUGGAGUCUUUAUAUGAUCUCUGGGAAUUCUACUUGCCCUAUUUGUAUUCUUGCAUUUCGCUGAUGGGAUGCUUGCUGCUUCUCUUGUGUACUCCAGUUGGCCUGUCCCGUAUGUUCACAGUCAUGGGUCAGUUGCUGGUGAAGCCAGCGAUUCUUGAAGACCUGGAUGAACAAAUUUAUAUGAUUACUCUAGAAGAAGAAGCACUCCAGAGAAGACUACAUGAUAUCCCUGACUACCUCAGCUGCUGACCUUGUUUCCUGUUACUUGAGGAAACAGAAGCAACUAUGAAGAAGAUGUACCUGCUGCUCCCUUCCACCAAGCUUGUCACUGCCCAUUACCUGACUGUGCAGCCUCAUCUCUUGGCCCCAUGCCUGGCUUGACUUUGCUCUGGGGCAAGUCCACCUUGCUCAGAUGCCAGCCCUCGUCUCUGUCCACCGACCCAGGGACUUAGCUGCUGCCAUUCUGCCUCCUCUCCAAGGGCUGCAUGAAGACAUUUCCACCUGCAUGAAGACAACUAUACAUUUUUUUAAAAAAUUGUUUUUUAUUAUCCAUACAAAAAUGCUCACUUCUAUACGAGGACAGGAGGACAGAGGUCAUGUGUAUCAGGCGCUACAUGCCAGCCCUUCCCCAGUCCUGCAUCUGGCUUCCUGAGGGAACACUGUGCAUAGUGAAGGCCCUGGUCUGGGGCACUGGCCACAUCCCUAUGAAUUGUACCUCUGUCUGGCCUCUGUCAGGCCUGUGGUACUUGUAGAAACUAUAGUCCUCUGUCAUGACUUUGACAUAGUAUGAGACCCAACUUGAAGGCUGAUGCUAAUACUUCGGUGGGGUACUAGAGACUGAGAAAGGACUACUGGGAAAAAAAAAGAGAUGAUGCUCAGAGGUACGAGGUCUCGGAGGAGCAGUGCUGUGAGCUAGUGCACUGCACGGAGGGCACAGGUUAAUAAUGAGGACAGGGCUGGCAAGGAUGUUGGGAUACAGGGACACUUGUUCACUUUUGGGGAAACACAAGCUGGUGCAGCCACUGUGUAAAUCAGUAUGGACACUGUUCACAAAGAUGGAAGUAGAUCUGCCACAUGAUCCAGCUCUACCACUCCAUGACAGAUAAGCAAAGGACUCUCUAUCCCCCUAUAAAGAUACCUGCUGACCAGUGCUCACUGCUAUUCUAUCACAAUAACCAGGAGGUAGAAACUUCCUAGAUGCCCAUCAACUGCUGAAUGGCUAAAGAAAACAUGAUACAUUUACACAAUGGAAAUUUGUUUAGUUAAGUGGAAUUACGACAUUUACAGAUAAUAAAUAGAUCUGGUUCAUCAGUCAUUAACCCAGAUUCAGAAAGAUGAGCAUCACAUUUUCUCUUAUUUAUGGAUGUUAAAGAUUCAAAGUAUAAAUGAGAGAAAAUAUGUGAUACAUACAUACCCAUACAUAAAAAGUUUUAAUGGGCUUUUGGUCGGCGCCAGCUCCGGGUCACCUUGGGCACAAACUCGGUGGACGGUCCCAUGGAUCCUAGAGGACUCUCCACCGAUCUUAGCAUCACUGGUGAGUGGAACACAACAUCUGUUCCAAACCAAUUGUGACAGGCCAGUGCCAGCAGCAGGGAUGCAGGAAACCAGCCUGAUCAGGGGGCUCAAGUCCCUUCUGGUCGGCGCCAGCUCUGGGUCACCUUGGGCACAAACUCGGCGGAUGGAACUUGGGGCUCUAGCUGCAUAUGUAGCAGAGGAUGGCCUAGUCAGUAUUCAAUGAGAGGAGAGGCUCUUGGUCCUGUGAAGGUUCUAUGCCCCAGUAUAGGGGAAUGCUAGGACCAGGAAUGGGAGUGGGUGGGUUGGGGAGUAGGGGGAGGGGGAAGGAGAUAGGGGAUUUUCGGAGGGGAAAUUAGGAAAGGGGAUAACAUUUGAAAUGUAAAUAAAGAAAAUAUCUAAUAAAAAAAAGUUUUAAUGGAGCUAUCCUGUAAUAGGGCAACAAUCUACUAAAUACCAUGGGCUAACAAAAACACAGUGCAGGUUGGAUUAUCUCUUUGUGAGUUGUUGGCUGGUGAAGUCCCAUAGAUCCCUAAACAUUACAGACUAUUGCCAAUGCUUUUGGUUACCCUUCCAAACUUGACAGUAAGGCCCAAUUGCUGAAGAUUGGACAUGCAUGCAGAAAUCAAACAGUUCAAAUCAGGAAGCUUCAUUUCUACUGGCUAGCUUUCAUAGUGCAGGAAGGCGGUGUACAAGCUACUGGGGAAGAAAAGGAAUCAGGUAUUACCCAGUUGUGAACACUGGGAGCUACAGUAGCAAGUGGCCUGACAGAACAUAAUUAUGAUAGGAAAGUAGAUUUGCUUCUUUGUUCUAGGUCUUGACCUCAAAGCUCCUCAUGCAGGACUUGCCAUUCUUGUGAGUGCCGCAAGUAUUAGUCCUACAUCCUCAAGUCCACCUCCACUGCACACUGCCCCUCCUCACCUGCUUUAUUUCUCUACAGUCUUUCCACUCUGUGACACGCCUGUCUCUCCACAGUGGACAGAGCUUCUCAGGGCAGGGAGCCUCGUAAGUGUGCCCUGCUGUGCAAGGUACAGGCUGGGUAUAAAGACUAUAUGUAUCCCAUGGUUGUUCGUUCCAUUGGUGGGUAGAUAAAAAUCAAAUAAAAACACCAAACAAACCCAAGGUAGAGCAUUAAGAAGGCAGGCAGGGAAAGUGAAACUCAAUGGGAGGACAGAAAACAGAAUCCUGGUGACAUGUUUAGGAAGGGUGACACAGGCACAGUAAACAGCCGAGGUUGGGCAGGUGGAGAUCAGGGAUUUCCCACUGUUGUACCCACACAGUCUGUGCAAGCAGAACUGUUUACUUCCAGGGCUCGGCAGUGAGGACCCAUUACAGUAAUCAGGAGAAAAUCAUUUAUAGCUCUUCCCAGUGUUAAGAGGCUGCAUAUACCAUAACAUGCUUAACUGUUUAAGUAAUGCAGCAGCAUUAAUUGAAAUAAUUAGAUUUUGUGCGUGUAUAGCCCAUGGGUGUACUGGAUAACUUUAGAAGUUCUAUAAUGAAUAGAAAUUAUUUUUUUUUGUUUGAGUUCAAAACAUUUACAGCUCUUUUAAGGUAAUUUAUUUUUAAACUAUUAAAGUCUUUGAACUAUAAUUCAAUUCUGUUAGGCACUAUUUUCAUCUUUGUGAUAAAAAUUUGUAUAUCACUUUUGGAGGAGUGGCAGUUUCUUGCUUGUUUUAUUCUAAGUAAGUUUUUUUUUUUUUCCAGUACUGGAGAUUGAACACUGGGCCUUCUUUGUACAUGCUAGCCAGGCCCUCUACCACUGAGCUCUCGCCAGCCUCUUGAUCCUAAUCUUUUUUUUUUUCUUUCUUUUUUUUAAGGCUGUUCACAUUAAAAUUUACAUUAACUCUUUAUUCAGAGCACAGAAGCAGUAGCAGUUUUUUCUAGGUUUUAAUACCGUUGGGUUCUGAAAAACAAAGGGGCUGAGGAGAACAAGCUGUGCCUGUGCAGCCUCUCUUCCCGGACCUCGGGGACCUCGGCCAGCUUCUGUGUCAUUGUCAGUAUUUGAUUCUUGCUACUUAGAAGUUGAGUUUCAGGGUUUUGUGAAGAUACUGAAACUCAGGAUUUAUCUGUGGCUGCUUUGUCAUAGUGCUUUCUGUCAGGCACUUGUGUUACCGCUGUACUGCAGGCAGUUAGGAUAUUGCUUAUCUAAUGUCAUUUAUAGAUGGCGAACACAAUAGCUUUCUUAAUCAAUGAGUAAAGAAUACCUCUUUGAAUAGGGAUAUAAGCACCAUAUGUCAAGUACUAUAGUAGGCUAUAUGUAUAAAUUACUGUAUUUGUUUGCCUACACAUCACACACACACACACACACACACACACACACACCUCUAGGGAAAUAUUUUGGACUUCAACUCUGGGAUUCUAUGCAAAGUGUUUGGGCAUAGUCAGACAGCCUAGACUUGAUAGUGUAUCUUCAGAAGGCAUUUGUAUAAAUAGGGAUGAAACAGUGACAGAAGUCAAAAUUUAUUUGGCUUCUUGGUCCCUUUGAGUCACUUUCAUAUAAUAAAAUGUAGUUCAAACAAAUUAUUUGCUGCAAGAGUGACUGAGGGAAGCAUAAACUAAAAGGGCCAUUUUGGGAAACAAAGCCGAAGACUGUGGAUCAUGUGUCAUACAUAGUCCUUGGAAUUAGGAAGAGAAGUUGUAUUAUAAAACUCACACUCAAAAAAUCGGAAUGUGAUUCCAUAUAUUUCAGCUUUCUUUCAACCACAUCUGUGUGAAUGCUGGUGUUACCAUAUUUGAUGGCAGAAUAAAAUAUGAAGGAUAAAGGGUGGUCUUAACAUCUUGUCUACUUCAAGAUCUAUAGUGCUUGUGUCUGAAAUAGAAAAAAGACCAAAGCAUUUUUUCAUUGUAUCUAACAUUACAUAAUAUUUUUAAAGCUGGUUGUCUUAAUAUUUUUGCCCUUGCUUGCAGUUAUUAGUAGUGAAAGUAGGUUUGCAUAGCCACCGUUUUUGAACAUUUGAAGUCCUAUAAUACCGGGAUCAUAGUCAUGUGACAUCAGAAGCCAAAAGAUACAAUAAUGUUAAUAGCAUAGAGGUGGUUUGUCUGUGUCUGUGUGUCUGUGUGUGCAUGUGUCUGUGUCUCUUCUACAGGCAACCUCAGUGUUAGUACACAAACAACAGAUCUACUGGAGAUUUGGACAUGAGGCUUCAGCAUCUGGAUGCCUCAAACACAUGUGGUUUCUCUGGGGACAGUCCUUUUGCUCAGUCCUAAGGAGCCUUGGGUUUGAACAAUCACUUUUCUAUUACUUGAAAUAAUUAUCACAACUUGAAAAAUCUCUCAUUCUUAGAGAUGGAAUUGCUGGUGAAAUUUAAAGUUGUAACCAGUUAAAAUUUUAUAGUUACUUGGAUCAAAAUUUUAAUCUACCCCUUUUGUUUAUAUGCUAAAUUAAAAAAUAUAAAGAGAAUUGGUUUAUACUACUUUUGAAUAAUUUAGUACCCUGAUUGAUUUAAGGUACAGAAUUGUUGUGGAAAUAACUUUAUUGCAUCAAGCUAUUUUAAUUGUAUGCAUGCCUAGUUCAAAUGUAUGUUUGUUUAAAAAUACAUUGUAUAUUUAAUAUCUGUCCUUGAACAUCUGAUGUCCUUGAACAGCUGAGACUGUCUUGUCCAUUGGAUAAACUCAGAUGUUGAAGAAAUGCUGGAGUUUGGGAAAUUCUGUUAUCUUGGGAGCAAAAUAUUUUCAGUACCACACCAGUUUUUCGACUUAAGAAUAAAGUUGGGAAGAAUGCCUUCAGCUAUUAGUUUUCCUGAAUCCAAAGACAUGGGUGGGGCAGGAUCAAAAAUACUCAUUUGAUCAAAGUUAUUGGCUCUGAAGGUAUUCUUACCUGUGUAAGGAAGAUGAAAGGUGUUGUUUUUAUUGCAUGCUAGUAACAGUGUAAUUUUGAACUAAUUGGUGUUGAACUGCCAAUCACCUGGGGGGAAUGCAAAUAGAUACACUUACAAUUUCCUUUGAGGUAGUGAAAUCUUAUGUCAGAGCUGGAAGAAAAACAGUAAAUUGACCUUAAAUGAGCUGCUUUGUGGUUUUCUUGGAGAAUCCCUUUUUAUUUUUUUGGACUUGUCCAAACAGGUUUUUGUCUGCGAUUUGACUUAUUGACUAGACAAUGCUGACACUGAACAUUUUGGGUUUGUUUUGAAAUAAAAUAAUGAUAGUAUA